GAAGAUACGAAACUGCUGAAAAAAUUUAUUUAAUAAUAUUUUUUGCAAAAAAUACUAUUGAAAAUGUCUUUGAAGUGAGGAAGAGUGUUUUCAAAAUCAAACUUAUUAAAAUACUUCAUUAAUCUUAUGAAAUUCCAUAACUAUACGUGAGAAAUCUAAAAUAUCAAAUGCUGUAGAGAAAAAUCGAUAAUUUCGGCUAAGUGAAAAAAAAAAGAAUCCUGCAAUCAUCCAGAAAAAAAUUCAAACUUCUUAAUCCUGUGCUAUUUAAGAAGAAGAAAAAUUUUAGUGAUAUUAAAAAGUUCAGAUCAGUUUGUGGAAUUCUAGAAAACGAUCUCUUUUCUGACAUUUAUUUCCACUUCAUAUAGUAAAGGAGAUUGCAAAAAACUCUUGCCUACAUGAUUGGGACAUUUUUUAACCUUUGUCGCGCUUGUCCUUCAUCCAUGCCUCUAGAUAAGCUUCAUUCUGAAUAUAAAAGCACAUACCGCUGGCAUGAUUUCUCAGCGGGCCCCGAAGUUGUUCGUAAGCCUCCAAUGCCUAACCAAUUUGCUAGCUCAAAGGAUCACUUUUUCUCUAAAUCAACAGAGGAUGAAAAACAUUCUGAAGUCAUAAAAGCCCCCAUUAAUGAGCCACCUUUACCUCGCCGAAAAAAAUGCCCUGAACUUGCUUACCGACAUCACGAAUUUAUAGUUGAUCACGAUGCCGAUAGAACUGAUUCAUCUAACAUUACUCGUGCCCGGUCUGGAGAUCGUAACGGCACUCCAACACGUCGUAGCAAAUCAGAAGGUCCUCCACUAGCUAAUGGUCGUUGUGUAAUGGAAAAUAACGUGGAAGCAAGACAAACCAUGGAAAAGGCGGGUGAGUCAAGUGGGAUAUUCAGAAAAACAAUAUCGAAAUUGAGCACAGAGUAUCGUUUGCAAUUUGUGUGGCCCACUGUGCGAAAAGUGAAGGGGGUAGCUAAUAAUGAUGCUCACGUAUUAGACCCCCCAAAAAAAUCGCAAUCAAUGGGCGCAAUAAAAUCAGCGCAGGCAAACACUUUAGCUGGCAUACAUAAAAAGCGUACAACUAAUGAAAAAGAAGCAACGGAUCAUGAACUUGAACCGCUUGUUUGUGAUACGGUUGACGCAGCAACAACACAUGAAAAGAAAGACAUUCAGAAUGAAUAUAGAAAAAAUUUCAAAUCAGCUUUUCACAGUGAAAAGGAAAAGUAUGGUUUUGAGCAUGAAACAUUAAAUAAGGUUGACAAUAAAGUAGUCGUAAAUGGAUCUACUUAUGACCCCUCUUGGUAUAAAGAAGUUAUUGAGUUGAGAAAGAAAGCUGGCGAAUACAGGAAUCGAGGAUGGUGUGGCGAAACAUCCCGCGAAUUAUAUAAAAAGCAACAAGACUUGUGGAAGGAAGUAUCUCGUAGAAGCUCAUUAAGUGCAUUAUCGUUAGCUUCCUCAAUCAAACAACCUAUUACGAAGGAAGAUAAAGAUAGAGAGAAUAAAAUCAAAAGUUCACCAACUAAGCCAUCUCGACGCAUUCCUGGAUCAGCAAGACUGAUUGACAAUAGAACUGCAACUGAUGGAAAUUUGUUUGGUCGAUUCAGACGAGAUAACAUUCGUCAUCAUUUGGAACGUACUACAGGUUCAGCAGAUGUUGAAGAAGGUGCUUUAAUCCCAUCUCCAACUCGUGAAAAAUUAAUGCCAACAUUGCCACGUUCUAAAACGGGUAGCCCAUCAAGAGGAAGUCCUCAGAAAACUUUUAGCAGCUCUCGUCAUGGUAGUCCAUUGAAAGGAAGUCCUCAAAAGAGUCCCAAGAAAAUUUCUAAAGUGGGACGCUCUCAAUCUGUUGGACCGACAGUUUCUGAAGGCUCACCAAAGAAACAACCCAAACCAAUGAGUGCUUCUAUUACUGCCUCGACUGCAUCGUCAUCUGCUAAAGCGCACAACAAGAAAACCCCCGUCUCGACUCCAACGGCUGGAGCAGAUCAUCAUGCGAGACAAACAGCUUCCCUAUCCUCUACAAACAAAAAACAUUCACGUUCAAAAAGUAGUACGUUACCUAGCGCUAGACAAAAACCAUCAACAUUAAAUAUUCAUCAUUCAGUUAAUAAUAAUACCUUAAAUUCAUCAUCACCCACACAACAAUCAUCUACUAAGAAAACUCUUAAUCAGAAUACUAAUAAAACUAUUGCCACUAGUAAUAAAACUGAUAAGAAUAAAGAUAGUAACACACAAACUAAUAAAAAUACUGGCGAUAGUAAAAAAAUACAACCGAACAAGACCAUUGAAAACAAAAAUAUUCAAAACAAACAAAUAAAAUUAAAUAUGAGACCGACAAGUUUCAAUGGGCAAUUAUUAACUGAUAAUUCGAUGCAUGGUCAACGAUACAACAAGAAAAAAGCACUGGAAAUAGAUGAAAAUGCAGUUGAUGGUGCACCUCAAAUAUUCCAACCAGAAUCAAUUGAGCAAAUUGUAAAAUCACCACCGGAACCUACACGUGUGAAAUCUCCAGAACAAAUUGUGAUUAUGAGGUCACCAGAUCCAGUUUUUUGGACAGUUCCACUUGAUACUGGUAAAACAUUUACUGUUACACAAAAUGUUAGAAGUGAAGGUGAUGCUAAUAUUGUUCGACCACACAGUGAAUUAAAGGUUACAACGCCUUCGGAAGCGCCAAAUAAAUUAUUACCACAAGAACAUCCUCAAUCAGCUCCGCCUGAAUUGUGGGAAGAAGAUAAACCAGACUUCAAUCGAAGUCCUAAAACGGGUCAAAGUGAUGACAAAGCUACUAAAAUUGGGGAAGAGCUUUUAAAACCAUCUCAGGAAAAAACUCAAUAUGAUCGUCCAGUUCCUGGAUCAACACUUCGUUGUCUAGAUGAUCCUGGCAUCAAUUCUCCACCUAGUGGGACUGCAUCAAGAAGUGUUGUAAAUCCAGCAACUAUUGAGGUAGUUGAUAAAGCGCGUGAUCGCUUUGAUAGAUUUUGGGGUGGAAGUAACACUGAUGAUCAAAAAUAAAUUGACAUUAAAUUAAAUAUUAUUUACUUCAAGUAAUAGGUAAAGAUUAAAAAAUUAAAUUUUGAAAAUAAUUCAUUAUACGCAAAAAGUAAAUAAGAGAAAAUUAUUUGAAUUUGAACAAAGUUUCUUUUGGUAAUUGAAAAACUUUAUAAUCCCUUUUUAUCUGCCUAUUCUUCAUACUAAAAAUUAAAAAUUCAUCAAAUUGGAGGUGUUUUGUGAAUAAGCGCAUUGAAUUUGAAGUGCAUAAUGUGCACAAUAAUUUACAACUUUUUAAUUAUGUUUAAGAAAAAUAUUAAAUUAAUUUAAAAAUGAUAUCACUAGUCUACAUUUCAAAAAGUGUUGUCAUUAAAUUCAAAUUUUUAAAAAUUUCAUAUCGACAAACUCGAAUGUAAAAAUUAUUAAUGACCUUAAUGACAUCACAUUUUUGAAAUUUACCAGAAACAGAAAAUGUGAUAAUCGUUUCCAGUUAACAUUUUGCACGUUUUGGCUUAAAGUUAUCUGGAAUCUUUCUUUUUCACAUUCUGGCUAAAUAGGAUCCCAAAAGCCGUUUAGAUAUAGUAAUUCCUUUUUAUGUACAACAACAGGGUGAGCUAGAUAAGAAAAUUCGUGUUACGAAAAGAAAGCAUAAGUAUGAAAUUACCAAAAAAUAUUACUAAAGUUAAUAUCUCUAGCAAUACAUAGGCAUGUACGGCUAGGGUGAAUUUUAAUUUCUAUUCCAGUUGUUAUUCUGCUUUAAAUUAUUUUUCAAAAAUUAUUUUAUUUGUGUGAUUAUGAAAAAAUUAAAAUUUUAUAGACAAAACAAAAGCAUUUAUAGAUUGUUGAAUUGAUAAAAAGCAAGAAAUUGAUUAAAGAAUAUUUUUUUGUAAGAUCUAUUAUAGGUAUAGUAGGAUCAAAAAUUAAACAAAUUGGAUGUAUGGAUAAUUACGAGGGAUGAACCAAAUUUUUUUAUGAAACACAAAAUUGACUUGAAAGUUUUUUGUCAUUUAAUGCGUCAAUGCGAUUAUAAGAAAUAAAUUCUAAUAUGGACAUCAAUCGAAUAAAAUUUAUGACUCAGGUUUAAGAUCUCGAUAAUCUCGCGAAUAUUAAAUGAUCGCUAAUGAUGGCAUAAAAUUGAACAAAAAGCUUGAUUGCUCAAUUAAAGAUUUGACUGAAAACACAUGCUUUACGUUUCUUCAUAUUUAUUGUAUUAACUUUAGAAAUUGCCUUAAGCAUUGAAUCUUGUUGCUUUUGCUUUGAAUUAUUAUUUCCACGAAUUUUUAAUUUGGCUUCUUCACAUGACAGUUUGCCACUUUUACAAAAAACAAAAACAAAAAAAACAUGUUACAGUUCCGUCAUUCUUUGCUAUUCAAGGAUACUUAAAAAUGCAAUAAAAAAAAAAACAAACAAACAACAAGAAAAAAAGAAUCUUCAUCCAGUUUUGAACUAAAGUAUGAAUAUUUUUUGUAAUAAAAGUCACGAUAAGAAGGAAGAAUCCCGUCCAGGGGCUACAAAUUUUUUGGAAGUAAUAAGUAAAAGAAGAAAAUUAUGUUUCAUAAAGAAAAAAAAAAGUUUUACAUAAUAACAUAAAAAGUUUGAUGGAGGAAGUUUUUCUUUGAAAGCGUGCUUAUAAACCAGAAUUUUUAAGGUUUGCUGUAUCAAAACUAUAGCACAUACGCAAUAUAAAUGCAACUGCCACUCAUCUAAUGAAUUUUUCCUUUUCCUUUCUUAUUUCUAAAUACUACAAUCUUUAAAAAAAAUAUAAAAUAAAAAUUUCAUCUUUUCUAGAUAAAGUGUUUGAGGAUUAUUGAGAACAUUUAGAAAAGGUUUGCAAUAAAAAAUUAAUGAAAAAAGAAAGAAACGAAACAGCUACACAUUUACACAGACAAAUUUUAUAAACAGACAAAUUGAUAAAAAAGUGAAAUUUUAUAAGCCUUAGUUAUUAGUUCGCCGUUAGAUAUUGUUUAGUGGAGUGCGAAAUUUCAGCAUCUUCGUUAGAUACAUUGCUUCAUAUCUAGUCUUGUGUGACAUUAGUUUGCUUUAAUCUAUGAAAAGAAAAAAAAAUCAUAACGCUUUCAUGUUAAAUCCUUAAAAAAUGAGAACGUAAACAUAGCACUUUUAAUUCCUUUAGUAAAUAACAUCUUUUGUUGGAAUUAAUUUUUCUUUUGGUUCUUACCAGUUUUGGGGACACAAAUGUUCACAAUAUCUUACAGUAUUUAAAAGUGUGUGAGACCACAGCUAUUUCAAUUUACAUCAACAUUACUAAAUGCUCAUUUUACAAAGACUGAGCUAAUUUUUAUGGAUUAUACUGAUGAUAGUAACAUCUUAUGCUAGCAACUAAAAGAUUCCUGAAAAUGGUAUUUAAGCAUUCAUUGUCGUUUAAAAAAAUUAUUUUUUUUCGAUUAUUAUUUUAAUCGCAUAAUUAUCUUAAAUAAUUUAAUAGGAUACCUAGAAUACUUUAAAUAUUAUUUUAAGUUAUUUUAAUUUUACAUGGCUUUUCAAGGAAGCAAAUCAUUAAUUUUGUGAAGAUUGCAUAGCUAUUUCAAAACCUGCAUAAUUUUCCGAUUUAACCAGCUCAUUUGAUUUUCAGUAAUUAGUUUAAAAAAUAUAAAACUUACUGUUUAAUUAAAAACUUACAUAAUAAAACAUAAGACAUAUGCAGGCACAGAUACACAUACUCACAAUACAAUGAAUAAAUGUUCGAAUUUUUUUAGUGGAUAAUUGAGAAUAAAAAUUUGUAAAACAAAACAAAAAAGCUUUCAUUGUCAAAGAUAAAAAAUGUUAAAGAAAAAAAAAAUAUGGAAAUCAAACUUAGGUAUUAAACCUUUCUAAAAUAAUACAUCCCUGAUUCCUAUAAUAAAUUGAAUAGCAUUACUACUAUGUACUAAAAGUUUUAAUUCAAUUCAAACCACGUUUGUGAACAAAUAAAAAAUUGCUAAGUUAUAUAAUAAAAAGAG